AUGAAACAGAGCCAUGAAUUAUUGGAUGAACUUGAAAAAGUGCUAGCGGAAGUAGAUGCGCGUGACAGAUCACCGGAGUUAGAAGAACUUGAAAGCAUCGCCUUGUCACUGGAAGACCGUCUGCAGAGAGCUCUAGCACAAAUCCAGCACACUUCAUUAACGGCGGAACCGAUAUUGACCCAAAUUGGUGAACAGGAAGCAGAUCAACUCCGUGAAAGAUUACGUUCAAUUGGUGAGCAGUGGAAGCAGUACGAGGAUAGAGUACGGGAGAAGAAGCGACGCUUGGAUGAACGUUUUGCCGAUGAGUCGGAAUUAAAUAACGAAAUUGAACUUCUACAAUUUUGGUAA